UAAUUUUUGCUAUUGCCAAAAUAAAGACGCCGCCGCGUGCUUCGAUCUCUGAAAAGUUUUAAUAAAAAUUAAAAUAUAUAAUGGAUGACGAGGCGGAAACCUACAAACUGUGGCGCAUUCGCAAAACCAUCAUGCAGCUAAGUCAUGAUCGUGGCUAUUUGGUAACCCAAGAUGAGUUGGACCAGACACUGGAGCAGUUCAAGGAAAUGUUCGGCGACAAACCCAGCGACAAGCGUCCGUCGCGCUCCGAUUUGAUUGUCUUGGUGGCCCACAACGAUGAUCCGACUGACCAGAUGUUUGUGUUCUUCCCCGAGGAGCCCAAGAUUGGCAUCAAAACUAUUAAGACUUACUGCACCCGCAUGCAGGAGGAGAACAUCCACCGCGCCAUUGUUGUGGUCCAGGGCGGCAUGACGCCCUCGGCCAAGCAAUCUUUGGUGGACAUGGCGCCCAAGUACAUACUCGAACAGUUCCUCGAAUCCGAGCUGCUGAUCAACAUAACGGAGCACGAACUGGUACCUGAGCAUGUGGUCAUGACUGCUGAGGAGAAGCAGGAGCUGCUCAGUCGUUAUAAGCUGAAGGAGAACAUGUUGAUGCGUAUCCAAGCUGGUGAUCCGGUGGCUCGUUACUUUGGCCUGAAACGUGGCCAGGUGGUGAAGAUUAUUCGCUCCUCGGAGACGGCGGGCAGAUACAUUUCAUAUCGUUUGGUAUGCUGAGGGAGUAGUCUAAGUACUUUAUUAUCAAUAUAAGCGCAAUAAAAGUCAUUUUCUUGCAAUUUUUGCAUU